AUUCUUCUAGUUUAUUUUGGUAUUUACUAUUUUCUAAUUUACCUUUUUUAGCUAAUUAAUAAAAAUAGCUAAAAACUAUUUUUUAACAUGAAUUAUUAAGAUAACAAUUAAGACUUAUAAAGCACUUUGUAAAUAGAUAGUGCAAGACUUUAAAAUUAUUCUUCAAUUUUAGAGAAGGCGGAUAAGUAAAAUGAAGAUAUUAGCCACGAAAGUAACCUAUAAAAAACAAUUUAAGAAUAAAAUAGUUAGAAUUUAACUGUAAAAGUGAUUGGGGGAGAUAAUAAUUUAUCUAAGAACAAGCACAGAAAAUUAUAAUCUUCCCUUUUACCCCCAAGUAAAAUGAUGUGCAUAAGUAAUAAUAUUUUAGAAAACAGUGUAUUUCCUGUUAUUGCAGAUGAAAAUUUAGAUCCUGAUGAUCUCAACAAAAAAAUAAACUAUGGAGUAACUGAUAAUAUCAGUAAAAUGGAUGCAAAGAUGGUGAAGAUUAUUUAAUCGAAAAUGAAUUUAGAAAACAUGAAGAAAAAAUAGAUGUAAUAUUAGUAAGGAGUAUAGAAAUAAAUAGAUGAAAAGUUAAUAAAGUAAUAAAAAUAAAGAAAUAUUUUUCUUGAUCAUAGAAUCAAAAACUGUAGAGAUAGAUCUAAAAAAUGGUAGGAGAGAAAAGAAAAUCAUCAAAAAUUUUUAGUUGAAAAAGAAUUUCUAAAACAAAUUAUGCAAGACGAAUAUCUUUAAACUUAAUAAGAAUUUUGGCAAAAAAAAGAUGCAGUUAAUUCUUAAUCUUAAUAUUUUAGUUUAGCUUAACAAAAUCUUAAUAAAUCCACUCAAUUUCUUUAACGGAAUAGUAUAAAUAUAAAUAAUAACCAAUUAUAAAUACCACAAAAAGAUGCUUAUAGGCCAGACACAGCAAAUACAGCAUUUAGCAAUAUUAAUAAUCUAAAUUAAUAAUACCAUUUUAAAUAAAAAAUCGUUGAUAAGCAACAGGAGAGAAAUGAAUAAAUCAAAAGUUUAAAUUUGGUUGGUGAUAGAAUAGGUUCUAAUAGAUCUUAAACUGCUUCAACAAAUUAAAGAACAUCAAGUCAUAAUAAAUCUAUUGCUUCUAAUUCUUUCUAUAAUGCUCUUUCUAGUAAUGUAAGAUAGUUGCACACAUCAAACCAUUAAAAAAGAGAUUUAUCUUUGCAAUCAAAUUAAUUAUUUGAAUAGCCUAAAACUUUACUUAACAAUGUUAUGAUUUCAGAUUCAAGCAUUACUAGAGAAUCUUAGAAUUUUGAUUUUAAAUCUAAAUCUAUUAAUAAAAUGGAAGAGCAAUAAAACGAAUCUUCUGCUAUGCUCCAUAAUAGUAAUUUAUUAUCUGAAAUUAAGAUCUAGAGAGAUUUUUAUAUUGCAGAUCCAUAUACGAGAUCAAUCAUUCAAGAAUCUUUCACUUAGCCACCAGUAAAAAAGAAUUUGUCUUUGGAUUAAAACUCGAUUAAUAAUGAUUUCACACUUAAAUAAAUUACCCCAUAAUCAGGCUUAUACACAAAAUAGCGUUACUCAAAUUAUCUAAGGAAUCCUACUAUUACAAAUAAUUAUCUUAUUACUCCAUAAAGCAUUAAUUAAUAAUAAAACUCUACAAAAUUUCAAAGCGUUUCUCCUGUUAAUAGCCAUUUUUCUAUAAAGAAAUAAGACCAAAAGUUGAGUUAUGAUAAAAGAAGAUAUUAAUGUUUAAAUAAAAUAUAUUAAAGCAAAGUAAACCAACUUAAUUAAGAUGAGGUGUUUACUGAAAAAAUGAGAAAAUAAAAAUUACAAGAUUUAGUUAGAAGAAAGAUAAAUAAUAAUUUUCCUGGAAAUUAUAAAUUAAAAAUAAAUUUCUCUUUAGUUGAAAAAUUAAAUGAGUAAGAUGAUGAUGAAAAUAAAUAAGAUUUAUCUUUAUAACAAACUUUAUACUAAUAAAAUUCUUUAAACAUAAAUUACUAAUAAUAAAAUGAAAGUACUUGGAAUACCUAAUCUCACUAAAUUUAUAGUAGAAAAGGGUAAAAAUAAUACUAUGAUAAUCAUAAUUUAUAGCAUGAUGAUCCUUCAAGUGAUGAAGAUGGAGAAGAUAUUAUUAAAUAUAUUAAAAAUUUAUGA